AUGAACGCAGACCUGAAGCGAGUGCGCGACAGUUCACUCGACGCUCCUUCCUCAUCCAAGCGACGAGCAAUCGGUUCAGGCUCCAGCCCAGGCCACUCACCCUCCUCUUCACAUCUCGGCAAAGAUUACGAACAUGAGGAGGAAGACGACCUCGAAGACUGGAUGCGUGUCGUAGAAACCCAUCGCAAGGAAGCCCUCUUCCGACAGAUGCUCGAGUACCGCCGCACAUCUCAAAGGGAAGCUGCGCGCGCAAAGGCACUUGAGUCUCAAAGACGCAACCUCGAGGCUUGCUUCCGCUCCGUAGAGGCCUGCUGGGCACAGCUCGUCUCGUCCUUGCGAGAUCGCGCAGGGAACCUUCCUGUGCCAGACGAAUCUUUGUUCGACAACUCUUUCGAUCCAACAUUGGAACAAGACGCGGUGGAUGACCUUGUCAAGUCUCGACUAGAGGCAACUCUUCGCCUGGUUGCAGUCUUUGCCGACUCUGCUGCAGGCAAACACACGUCUGACCUUGGCGGUGAUCUGCGCCAACGAUUCGACUCAUUGCAACUACAGUCUACCAAGCUGCAAACAGACUUGACUCAAGCUCGGUCACAACUGGAUGAGACUCGCCAAUCCCGAGACGAUACUCUGCGAGACCUCCAACGUACCGAGAAGAGGUUAGACAAACAGAGGAUGGACAUGGACAAGGAGCGAGCCGCAUGGAAGACCCAGCGCGAGUCUUCCUCCGCUGCUUCAGCCAAGCCGAUGGCAAAUGGGUCCGGACACUCGACGCCCAAUGCCCGCGCAUCCGAGGCACCAGAAGCGAAACCUGUGGUGGUUGGCAGCGUUCCAAUGCCUGACGAGACGGAGCAGCGCUGUGCGGAACUCGACGCGCUUGUAAAGUCCCGGCUGCAGCAACUCGAGACCUUGAGGGCAGAACACACGACUCUGACCCAACAGGUAGACAAGCUGAAAGUCCAGGCCCACAACCCCUCUGAAGAGGUGUUGCGUCAAUCACCCUUCUUCCAGGUCUAUCUGCAACGGUUGGCGACGUCGACUGCGGGCGCCGAGGCAUUGCAACAACGGUUCGAGCAGGCUGAACAGAAGCUCGACCAACUGCGAGACAGCAACCUCGAUUUCCGAGAGGCGGUCAUUGCAGAGGCGCGCGCCGAAGUCGAGGCGCUUCGGGAGAAGAUGGGCCAGAAGGACGUCGACCUUGCCCGCCUGCGCGGUCAGCGCGACGAACUAAACGCUGAGUUGACUGAGCGGAGAGUUCGCGACACGGACAAGAUGCGCUUCGCCGACGAGAUGGAGCAGCUCUGUUCGAAGCGUGAGGAGCGCAUCAACUUCCUCUGCUCCGAGGUCCGACGACUCAAGGGCAAGCUCGCGGCGAAGGACGGAGCCGAGGGAUACCUUGCCUUCCUCAAGGACGGGCCUGUGGAUGGCGACUACAUCAAGGCUCUCGAGAAGCAACUGCAAGCAGCCAAGGACCAGGUAUCGAGCCUCACCGAUCAGCUCAAGAACGCGGCCGAAGGAGACGCUGCGGCCGCAGCCUCCGAGACUGCGGUUCGUAGCGAGUUGGAAGCUGCGCGCCGGCGCCUCGCUGAGUACGAGAGGAUCCUUGGCCCCAGCGCGUCGCCAGACGUCAAGAGUUUGACAGAGCGUCUCCAGCAAGACGCGGACGUGCGCAAGAAACUCGAGCUGCAGCUGGCUGAGGCUGAGGAAGCCACCAACGCGCUGUACCAGGAGCUCGAGGGGGUCAACAAGCUGUGGGAGGAGCUCGACCAGACGUUAAAGACCAAGGUGUUCGAGCUCAAGGAUGGCGAACUCCGGAUGCAGCGCCUGAGCACGGAGAAGGCCAAGGCGGACAACAAGUACUUCACGGCGAUGCGCAACAAGGAGGGCGUGGAGGGAGAGCUUAGAGCCGCACAGCGUACUGUCGGCAAGCAGCUCAAGUUGAUUGAGCGAGCGAAGGACGUGGAGAAGAGCCAGGGCACGCAGAUUGCUCAGCAGGAGAAGACACUUACCUCGCUCAAGAACACGUUACUCGAGCUCCAGACGCAACUGGCAACUGCCGCGUCUGGCAAGAAGCAGUUCGAGCUGCGCUUGCAGGCGACCCAGACAACACUUGGCGAGGCGCAGCAAAUCGCGCAGACACGUGUGGCGGAGGCGGCGGCAGACAAGAGUGCACGUGCCAAGGCGGUAGACGAGCUACAGCAAGUCAAAUCGGCGCACCAGAAGCUCAAGGAACGGCACGAGCAACUGACCUCCACCGCCAACGUCCAGGGCGGGUCUGCGGCGGAUGUCGCAGUGAGAGAGGAGCGAGCGAAGCUGCUGAAACUUCUUCGGUGCUCGUGCUGCGAACUCAACUUCAAGCAGCAAGUCAUCACCAAGUGCAUGCACACGUUCUGCAAGGAAUGUUUAGACAAGCGAAUCGAAACACGACAACGCAAGUGCCCUGCAUGUGGUAUCGUGUUUUCAAAGGAGGAUUGCAAGACGCUCUACUGGCAGUAG